UUAUGGUAAUCCUACUCAACCUCCUUAGCCGUCAGCUGAUUGUCGAGUUGGGAGAAAAAGAAAACAUAGCCAUGGCGGCAGAGAUUCAUUCGAGGCCUCAAAGCUCAAGACCAGUUCUUCUAAAUAAAAUCGAAGGACACUCGGACGCGGUCAAUGCUGCAGUUUUGAUACCGAAAGAGGACGGAGUGAUCACGGUUAGCGAGGACAGAACUAUCCGGGUAUGGCUGAAGAGAGACAGUGGACAGUACUGGCCCAGCAUCUACCACACAGUCUCCUCGCCAUGCUCCUGUAUGUCAUACCAUCACGACAGCAGGCGCAUCUUCAUCGGGCAGGACAACGGAGCCAUUGUGGAAUUCCUUCUGUCUGAAGAUUUCAACAAGAUGAACCAUGUGAAGACCUAUCCUGCCCAUCAGAACCGUGUGUCAGACAUGGUGUUUUCUCUGGAGAGCGAGUGGGUGGUGAGCACCGGACACGACAAGAGUGUGAGCUGGAUGUGCACCCAGAGCGGCAGUAUGCUGGGGCGCCACUACUUCGGCUCCUGGGCCUCCUGUCUACAGUAUGACAACGACACCCAGCAUGCCUUUGUAGGGGACUACUCAGGACAGAUCACCCUGCUGAAACUGGAGAGACAGACCUACUCCACCAUCACCACACUGAAGGGCCACGAAGGUAGUAUUGGAGCUCUGUGGUGGGAUCCUGUUCAGAGGCUUUUGUUCUCAGGAGCGUCUGACCACAGUGUCAUCAUGUGGGAUAUCGGGGGCCGCAAGGGACGAACACUACUGCUCCAGGGACACCAUGAACGAGUGCAGGCGGUGCGAUACCUGCAGCUGACCAGACAGCUGGUGUCCUGUUCUGCAGAUGGCGGCGUCACAGUGUGGAACAUGGACACUCCCAGAGAAGAGGCUCCUCAGUGGUUGGACAGUGACUCGUGUCAGAAGUGUAAGCAGCCUUUUUUCUGGAACGUCAAACAGAUGUGGGACUCAAAGACCAUUGGACUUAGGCAGCACCACUGCAGGAAGUGUGGCAAAGCGGUGUGUGGGAAGUGUAGUUCCAAGAGCACUACAUACCCUGUGAUGGGCUUUGAGUUCCAGGUGCGAGUGUGUGACACCUGCUACGACACCGUCAAGGACGAGGAUCGCACUGCGUUAGCAACGUUCCAUGAGGGGAAGCACAACAUAGCCUUUAUGGACAUGGACCCUUCCAGAGGCCUGAUGGUGACCUGUGGCAGCGACCGUGUCGUCAAGAUAUGGGACAUGACGCAAGUGGUUGGCUGUAGCAUAGCAACAGGCUUCUCCCCACGUUGAUUAACCCCCCCCCUCCCCCCAUCGGCCCUCAAACUCUGUCCUCUACUCUACUGACAGGUGUCUCUGUCAUUGGGACCUCCUUUGUCUCCUCAUCUUUCUGGCUCCUCUUCUGUCCGGCUGCUUCUGUUCUCUGAUCUCCCACUGGACGUUUGGAUGAAGAUACGUAUGCGUGUGUUGUGUUGUGUAAGUGGGUGGGUGGGUACUAGUGUUGAUUUGGUGUUAGUUUUGUACGUGAGAAGUUGAGUCUCAAAUGUGUCUCAGGUCUAACUUCCAGUGUGUACCCGUUCAGCGGAGUGCCAAGCACAAGGUUCUGUUCUAAUGUGUGAAUGGAAGGGAGCAGUGUUUGUGUUUACAUAUGUUCCACUCGCUCUAAUUCCUCUUGCACUGUAACAUUGUACUGCUAGACCCGAUAAUCCACAAAGCCCUGCCCAACAGACACACACAGGGCUCUCCUAUUGGCUGCUUACUUCAACUUUCUACAUUUUAAAUAUCGCAAAUCCUAACCAUGACAACACAGCUUUUGUAUACCCAUAUGCAUAGUGUGUACAGUAUGAGAUGCAGUGUGCUUAUCGCUCUAUAUCCCUCGCUGAUCAUGAGGUCAGUUUCUCUCUUUCUUCGCUAGUUGUUCUUUCCCUCUCUCUCUCUUUCUCUUCACUAGUUGGCCUUAAACUCACUCGUUUGUCUCAGGAGGAGGAGAUGGAAGAGUCAUUAGAGGGCAUGGCUGUAUGUGCCGUCACCAUGGCAACCCUGGCUGAGCUGUAGCCACAGCUGUUCUCCCACAGACCUUGUCCAACUUCAUCUCAGACACCUAAAACAUCUUUCAUCAAUUUACACAACUGUACAGAUAUCACUUCUAGUUCUGAUAACCAAGACCCCAUAUUCUGUUGCCUUUGCGAUAAGUUAAGAUGAAUUUGCGUAUAAUGAAAAACGGUGUAAGCUUUUGAACAAGAGGUUUUUAUCUGGCUUUUGCUCUCUUUAGACAGGCACUUAGGUACUGAAAUGGUACUGUAUAAAAGUCAAUGUAGCGCUAAAGUUCCCAUGCACUGAUGUUUUACGCUGUUUCAUCUCUCACUGUGGGAUUGUGGGAAAAUUAGAAGCCGCUUGUGUUUCCUCUAAGGCCUUAAGAGAGAGGGAUGGACCAAGCCUUCUAGAACCUUCAAAACUCUCACAACUGUUCUUACACACACUACUCUGUAGCAUAGCUGAAUUUUUCUCUCAACACUCACCCAUGAAUACUAAGCAUUCAACACUAUUUACUAGUUCCUCUGUCUGUCACUCUCCCGCUCUGUUUUGUUUCCAGAGCACCAUAAGGUUCUCCACUGCACUUAAAUGCACUAAUUGUGGUUUAGAGAGCAGAUGGGCUGUGCAUAAAAAAAAAAAAUGGGGGGGAGGGGUUGCUUCGUUACGGCUUGAGUUGCAUAACGUCCUUAAACUGGUAGAUAUUUGGCUAAUUUUAUGCUAGGUUAGACUAACGCUUGCCUUAAGGUAAAACUGAACAUGACGUGGGAGUAACGAUUUUCAAAUGUAGUCCCAUUCCAGUUUUGAUCACCUACUGUAUAGUAUUUCUAGCAAAGUGUUUGCUUGUUUCUUGUUGUUUACUUUUAUGUAUAGGAUAGUGGUGAGGUCACACAGACAGGAUGAUGUGGCCACGUGAUGUUUUGAUGUCACUGAGAAAUCUUUCACAGAUGUGCUUGCAAUGUUACGUCAGAAACAUGACAUCUCUGGGAGACAUGUUUAUGUCACAGAGAGGUGUUGACAUCAUAAAUACAUAUUGUGACAUCAGAGAUACAGGGGUGUGCAUGUUUCACAGAGAGGAGUUAAUAUCACACAGAAACAUGCUAAUAUCUCAGAGGGACAUGGCGAGGUCACAGAAGCUGCAGGCAGCCUAGCGGUUAAGAGCAUUGGGCCAGUAACCAGAAAGUUGCUGGUUCGAAUCCCUGAUUCGACUAGGUGAACAAUCUGUUGUGCCCAUGAGCAAAGGACAUAACCCUAAUUGCUCCUGUAAGUUGCUCUGGAUGAGAGCGUCUGCUAAAUGUAAAGUACAGUCAUCAGGGAUGUGCAGUGUUCUUGGGAAACACUUUUGCUACAAUACAAUCAAGGCUCAAGAUCAGCUUUUUAAAAAUGUGUGUUAGAUCAAAAGAAAUCUCUCUGUAAGAGGAUACCUGGGACAGUUAACUGGAGUCCCAGUGAUUUCUGUUCCCAACUAUAGAUGAAUUCCAACUAGAACUAACGUUUAGAGGCUAACAUUUGUGAUUCCCUCCACAAAUGAUUGUUCCUACCACAAUUGUGAUCAGUACAAUUCUCUAGGUAUGUUGGUUUGUAAUGAAGUAUAAGUCCGUUUUAUGGGGUCGAUCCCAUGAAGAAGAAUUUAUAUGCUUUUUACAUUUAUUAGUUUCACUGGUUCUUAUAUGUAAUUUGACUAAACUCCAUCCACAUUUUCACACAUGUAUAAAAUAGUAAGAUCUCAAACUGGAGCCAUAUCUAGCAGAGGAGGCUAGUGGGAGGAGCUAUAGGAGGACAGGUUCAAGGGAUGGAUGGAACGGAGUCGUAUCGUGGUUUCCUUAUCUUUGUUUGAUUACCGUUCCAUUUAUGCCAUUACAUUGAACCCUUCAUCCUAUAGCUCCUCCCACCAGCCGCCUCUGAAUUCUACCGUAUACAUUCUCUACUACUCUGUUAACCUCUUUGAUGCUGUUUGUCAUUUUAUCAUGUCAUACUGCUUGUAAAAUAAUCUUGUUCCAACGUUGUUGUAUAUCUCUAAUAAUUGUAUUUUUAAAGAGAAACUGCUGUUGAUAAUGUUGACCGUACUGACUUUAGUCUCCAUGUGGCACUCUGUUCUGUCACGGUGAGGAAAUAAAUAAAAGCUUAAUAAAGAUAUCCAUUCAGACCUGUUA